UCUACAGCCAUGGAUGAACACAUGGAAUCAGAUGAACUUAUCUUCUUUGUGAAUGGCAAGAAAAUAACUGAACAGAAGGCAGACCCAGAGGUAAUGUUGCUACCUUACCUGAGAAGAAAAUUACGUUUGACAGGUACUAAAUAUGGCUGUGGAGGAGGUGGCUGUGGAUCCUGCACUGUGAUGAUAUCGCAUAUCCAUCCUGUUUCCAAGAAGAUCACACAUUACUCAGCCAACGCCUGUCUACUAUCUAUUUGUUCUCUACAUGGUGCAGCUGUUACUACAGUGGAAGGAAUUGGAAGCACAGCCACUAGACUACAUCCAGUACAGGAAAGGAUAGCAAAAGCCCAUGGCUCUCAGUGUGGAUUCUGUAGCCCAGGAAUGGUGAUGUCCAUGUACUCACUAUUGAGGAACCACCCAGAGCCCACUUUAGAAGAAAUAUAUGAAGCCUUAGGAGGAAACCUUUGUCGUUGUACAGGAUAUAGACCAAUAAUUGAUGGCUGCAAGACCUUUUGCAAGACACAUAUUAAGUUAUUCUUUUCAGUGGCUACAGCAAUACUGUGUUUGUUUGUCCAGGAGGUUAACUGCUGUAGAAGUGAACAGAACAUGCACAAUGAUCAAGUGGAAGAUGAUAUAGUGACAUUACAUUUGGACAAAGAAGAAUGUUUACCAUUGGACCCAUCACAAGAAUUAAUUUUUCCUCCCGAGCUAAUUCAGAUGUCUGAAAAGCAAAAUCCACAGACCCUGGUCUUUCAGGGAGAAAAAGUGAAAUGGAUUACAGUUUUUAACCUUGAGGAACUUUUAGAUCUGAAAUGUAAAUAUCCACAGGCACCUCUUGUAGUAGGAAAUACUGGCAUUGGGCCAGAGAUUAAGUUUAAAGGAGUUUUUCAUCCAGUGAUCAUUUCCAUUGAAAAGAUUGCUGAUCUGCACGCUGUGAAGUAUACAAAGGAUGGGAUUUCGGUAGGUGCUGCUUGUACUUUAUCCACUCUGAAAGGUAUAUUGAAUGAUGCAGUGCCACAGCUUCCAGAGGACAAGACCAAGACUUUCCGUGCUCUGCUACAGCAGCUAAAAAUCCUGGCUGGUCAACAGAUCAGAAAUGUGGCUUCAAUAGGUGGACACAUCAUCCAACGAAACUCAAAUUCUGACCUGAAUCCCAUACUAGCUGCUAGCAAUGCUAUACUUCAUGUACUGGAAAAAGGAGGAAAAGCUCGACAGAUCAUGUUCAAUGAUGGCUUCUUAGAAUGCAAUAAUGUGUCAUCUUCUCUUCUUCCUGAAGAAAUUCUCCUUUCUGUGCUUAUUCCAUAUUCACAAAAGUGGGAGAUUGUGUCAGCCUUCAGACAAGCACAAAGGAAAGUAAACUCGGUGGCCAUAGUAGUGGCAGGAAUGCAAGUUCUUUUCCGAGAAAAUUCAGAUGUCAUUGAAGAUUUAAAUCUUUACUUUGGAGGUAUCAGUAAAAGCACAGUCCGGGCACAGAAGACUAGCGAUGCGCUAAUUGGAAGGCAGUGGAAUGAGGAGGCAUUGGGUGAAGCAUGCAGACUAGUUCUGGAUGAGAUUUCUCUUGAUCCUGCAGCUCCUGGAGGAAUGGUGGAAUAUAGAAGAACACUGACUGUCAGUUUUCUCUUCAAGUUUUACCUGGAGGUGUUAUAUGCUCUACAAUCAGAGCUCACUUUGAAUGGUCAUAGUCAAUCUAUCAGAAUAUGGCUGAACAAUAGUGUUAAGAAUGGCAAUAACCAGGGUAUAAGCCUGAAGACUAUACAGAAAUACCAAGACAAUACAGUUCAUCAGCCACCUCAGGAUCCUGUUGGUCGUCCCAUCAUGCACCGCACAGCCAUGAUGCAAAUGUCCGGUGAAGCAGUAUACUGUGAUGAUAUGCCCUUCAUUGAUGGAGAGGUUUUUAUGGCUUUGGUGACUAGCUCUAGAGCUCAUGCAAGAAUCAUAUCCUUAGAUCCAACUGAAGCACUAGGAAUGCCAGGAGUUGUUGAUGUUAUUACUGCAAAAGAUGUUCCAGGAUCGAAUGAAUUUUCUUUUCAUGUUUGGCCUGACAAGUUAAUGGCAGUUGACAAGGUCCUGUGUGUUGGUUACAUAGUUUGUGCUGUGGUUGCGGAUACACCAGAGCAUGCCAAACAAGCAGCUAAAAAGGUGAAGAUUGUCUAUGAAGAUAUAGAACCUGUGAUACUCACUAUAGAGGAUGCAAUAAAACACAAUUCUUUCUUUGAACCCGAGAAAAAGCUAGAUUAUGGAAACGUUGAUGAGGCUUUUAAAACAGCAGACAACAUACUUGAAGGUGAGAUUCAUAUUGGAGGACAGGAGCAUUUCUACAUGGAGACUCAAAGCAUCCGUGUUAUCCCCAAAACAGAGAACCAGGAAAUUGAGAUUUAUGCAGCAACGCAGGAUCCAACAUACAUGCAGAACCUCGUAGCCAAAGCGUUAGGCAUACCCGCUAACCGCAUCAGUUGCCAUGUGAAAAGGAUUGGAGGGGCUUUUGGUGGAAAGAUUGUGAAGACAGCCUACAUAGCGGCGAUCACAGCUGUGGCGGCUAAAAAAAGCAAACUUCCUGUUCGCUGCAUUCUGGAGCGUGCUGAAGAUAUGCUGAUUACUGCAGGACGACACCCCUACCUUGGAAAAUAUAAAGUGGGAUAUAUGAAUGAUGGCAGAAUCAUAGCGGCUGAUGUCAGUUUAUACAGCAAUGGUGGAUGUUCGGGGACAGAAUCUAUAUUUAUCAUGGAGAUUUCAGUGCUUCAGACAGAUGUUUCCUAUAUUAUCCCUAAUCUGAGAUGUGUUGGAAGAGUAUGCAAGACAAAUCUGCCAUCCAAUAUCUCAUUUCGAGGGUUUGGGUUUCCACAGUCAGCUCUGGUCACGGAAGUGUGGAUCGAUGAAGUUGCUGCCAAGUGCAAUUUACCAGCUCAUCAGGUAAGAGAGCUGAACAUGUACAGGGGAGUCGUUACAACCCCUUACAAGCAGGUGUUUGAUACUACCAAUCUGACAAGAUGCUGGGAAAGUUGUGCGGAAAGUUCAGCUUACCACACCAGGAGAGAAGCUAUAAAACAAUUCAACAAAGCGAAUCCCUGGAUAAAACGAGGCAUAGCACUCAUACCCUUGAAAUUUCCUGUUGCCUUUAGUGACGCCUUUCAAAAUCAA